AUGAACAAGUUGAAUUACGUCAUGAGGAUAUGGAUAGCGAAUUUGAUAAUCCAGACUAAACCAGAUUAUAAAUUGUUAUGCAAUCUGUUUAUUGUGGACGUGGAGGGUAUUAAGAGUAGCAAUUCAAAUAAAUUCAGCUUUCAACAAUUAUUUGUCUUAUCGGCCAUCAUGUCGUCCCACUUUGUGUACCUGGCUCAACAAGAUUUCAAGGAAAACAAUUUCAACGUGCUCAAAGUGUACGCAACCUUGCACGAAAUGUUCACGAGCAGUUUUCAAAACCUGUACUUUUACAUCACAAAUGUUCGACAAAGGAACAAGUUCAAUUUUGGUUUCGACACAGCCGGGUUACUCAAAUGCCUGUCCAGUCCCGACUACGUGGAUCUACCCAUUGGACUCAAUGGGGCCGGUAGUAGUCGACCUGUUAAAGACUCGUAUCCGACCAUUAUUGAGGAUCCCAUAGAUGUAAACAUAACAAAACGAACCCUUAAAGACAACCGGGUGUACGACAGGGCUGGCCACAUUCUGGGCACCGGGAGUCAAAAGAUCAAAAAGGGAACAUUGAGUGGGUUGACCCGUGCAUUGGAUGAUAGGUUCUCCCAGUUGGACCUCAUGGGUAACCGGCGCUCGGGUGUGCCCAUGGAUAUGACCGGUCACGUGAAGGCUUGUGCUCAAUUCAUAUACUCCGGGUCGUAUUGUUUCUUUUACCUCAUCAUCCGAUACCCACUGAAGAUCUUGUCAAAGGCUAUCCUAUCCAGGGGAACGAUCACCCAUUUGGCCACAUAUGCCAACUGGUGUGCCAACCCUAUCUCGUGGAUGGGCUUCACCUCCGAUGGCGCUAAAGUGAACGAACAUAUCCAACGACUGUCCCAAUACAAGGAUGAACUCAAAAGUAGGAUCAUUUGGGUCACAGAUAUAGCCCGACACGAAGAUAAACAGAAAUAUGCAUGCUGUGCAUUUCAAGACUAUAGAAAAAAGAUCUACGCGGAGGUCCCGGAGGCGCUGAGUUAUAUUAAGGCUUAUAUGGACAGGCUAUAUAAACUGUGCGAGAUGAUUUUCUGCAUGGAAUACCAGUACGAGUCUAAAGCCUGUGGCGAUACUGACAUAACGCCCACAAAUCGCGUACCGGAGCAUGACUGCCUGUCCAGUCCUGACUACGUAGAUAUUCCUGGCUCACCCAACGGUCAGACUAUUAGGCCUAUUGGCAAUGGGCGACCGGUUUGGGACGCGGAUGAUCACGAUAAUGAUGUCCCCAAAGUUGGUGUUCCCAAAGGAACCAUUAAAAGCAGGCAUGGAUUUGGAAAGGAACUAUCAUGGUUAGGCAUACCCAAUGAUGGCAUAUUUAAAAAGGCUGGUGAGAAAAUUGGACAUAUAAUUGGCACCAGUAGUCAAGUGAUUUCAAAAUGGGAAAUGAGUGGACUAGCCCAGGCCCUGGAUGAUAGGUUUGCCAUGAUAGACAGAUUGGGUGAACCCUACUCAGGAGUUCCCAUGGAUUUAAGCGGACAUGUUAUGAGCUGUGCUGAAUUCAUAUACUCGGGGACAUAUUGCUUUUUCUACAUCAUUCUCCGAUACCCACUAAAAAUCCUAUCGAAAGCCAUACUAUUGGUGGGAACGGUAACCCAUUUGGCCACAUAUGCCAACUGGUGUGCCAACCCUAUCGCGUGGUUGGACUACACGAGUGACGGGAGAAAAGUGAACAAUCAUAUGAAACAAUUGGCUCAUUAU